AUGGGCGACUUCCCCUGGAUGGAAUCCCUGUUGAAUGGCAAUCAGUGGCCUCCCGAUGAUCCUGAUUGGGUGCUCGAGGCUGUCGACGCGUAUAUGGUCCAUUUGGACGUUCCCAUGCCAGCUCGAAUAUCGAAGCUGACCCCGGAUGACGAAGAUAAGCAGACGCGGGCUGCUAUGGCGCUCGCCGCGGUUGCUACAGGGCUGGAGGAGGCGACGCGAUCCGAAUGCUUGAAACGUGUCGACGAGCAUCUGGAGCCCAUCUUUUCUUGGAUGCACUGGCUUGCUCGGGCGAGCGAUACGCGUGUCCUCAACCAGGCUUUGAAAAUCAUGGUUGUUGGUCUCAGUAUCCCCACCGAAGACACUCGCCUCGUGGUCGCAAGGCUCUGCUGCUCGCCUUGCGUUAUCGACGCCCUGAUCGCCCUCUUCGAGACGUCGGUGGACCCAGAAGACCAGGAUUUCUUCGACGAGGGACUUCUAUUCGCCUUGUCCUGCGCAAUACAACACCGGGCAUCCCGGACUCUUCUCUACGACAAGCUACUCUCAUUCCCACCAUCUCGCACACAGAACUUCGCAGCCAAGGUGGUCUCUCUGAUCGACUCCUACGAAGCUUGCGUAGACGGCGCUCCAGGGAACGACCGCAAUGGAUUGGAUCUUUAUGACAUGUUCAAGGCCAUAUUCGCGAUCCUCAACCAUAUUUCCAGCGAAUGGCGAUUGAGCAGCUAUUUCCUUCGCGAAUACUAUGUCGGGAGGUAUUUCGAAGCUCUUGCCAGGACCCUGCCUAGAAUCGGGAAACUGUUCAAGCAAUUCGACCAACCAGCGCUGGUGGAUACGUACGUCGCCAACAUUAUGCUUUGGGUGGACGCCCAGCGGGGGUACGCGUACCAGGUCGCGCACGAUCUAGUUGACGCGGGCCUUCUGCAAUACAUCGCCGAUCGACUCGAUAGUCUGGAACCUGGAUCGGAGGAGGACAUCCAGAUGCUGGACCAGAUGGUCACCCACCUUAUCGGUUACAUGCGUUCGGCGCGCGUUUGGUGGAUAUUGGAUUACCGCUUCAAUCUAGUUCCAGAGAAUCUCCGCAAGCGCCUCUCAUCGCCUGAACACCCAGGCUUUCCAAUCUGGACACGGUUGAGUGCGUUCAUCACAGUGCAUUUCCGCGGAACGGCGGGCACUUCCAAGGCGAUGUUUCAGUAUCCGAUCUAUUGCCAGAACCUAAAGGUGUGUUGUCGUAUGUUCUGCGACAUCGUCUUCUGA